AUGUCGGACUCGAAUAAUCAUAAUCAAAUAAAAGUGGGUGAAGAACCGCCAUCAUAUGAAUCUAUUUCGGCUGAUGUUGUACCUGCGUAUUCUAUAAUAAUAUCUACACCAACACAAACUCAUGUUAGAUAUUCAACGAGAAAUGACAUCUCGUGCUUUGUAAAUGAUUCUGUAAAUGAUUUUGAAAAUUGGAAUUCCGUAAACCGUUCUGAAAUGGAAAUAAAGAGUAUAAUUCCUUUCCUUCAAUUCGGGGUAAUUAAGCUCAUUGCUCUCGCUGCGGUUGUAUCGCCUUCAUUUGGUACACCAUCACUGCGCUCUUAA